AUGUGGAAGAACGUUUUCCUGGCUGUACUAACGAGUUUCCUAUGGGUUUUCCAUACGAAAUCGGCGGCAGAUCUUGAUAUGCACGAGAAUUGGAAAUAUUUACCCACUGAGGAAUGCGGAAUGGCCCCUCCAAUAGAUAGAAUCAUCGGAGGCGAGGAGGCGAAACUCGGACAAUUUCCAUGGAUGGUUUUAAUAGAAUUUGAAGACGUAUAUUGCGGUGGAGGCUUAUUAAACCAAUAUUACGCUAUAACUGCCGCUCACUGCACCAAUGUCACGCUUGAUAACAUAACCGCGACGGUGGGAACUAUCUUCAAUAAGUAUCCAUAUUGUGGCGAAAAGGGCUGCGUGUCCGACGCGCAAGUCUUAUCCAUUAAUAAAACCUACCUAAUGCCUAACGUUGACUUAGCUCUGCUUGAAUUUUCAAAACCGGCUGAGUAUAACGAUAACGUCCGUCCCGUCUGCUUGCCUCGUGGAGAUAUCGUGGACCAUCCGGAAAAGUAUAUAUCGGCAGGCGAGCAUUUUGUGACGGUAGCCGGAUGGGGUUCCAUAAAUAAUAGAUUAAAUACUUACGUACCAGAACUUAUGUUUGCGGAACUUGCUGUUGUUACAACUGAUGAUUGCCCAGGUUGCUGCGGCCCAGAUAAAUUACAAAUAUGCGCCGGAGGGAAUAAAACAUUCGUUUGUUACGGAGAUUCCGGAUCGGCAGCGGUGCAAUUACAGAAGUUAGACAAAGGCCCCCCCAGGUAUUUUAUAUUGGGGGUCACAUCUGCUGGAAGCGCAAAUAGGACGUGCGAAGAAACGGUUGGCCUCUUCAUAAACGUCGUUUUUACUUUAGAAUGGAUACUGGAUCAUGUCAAUAAAAAGUAA